UGACUGCAGCAAGAGAUGCAGUGAGAACCGACUGUAGAUGAAUGCACUUGACUUCAACGGAACAGCUACACUUCCAAAUUUCAAGAAUUUUGCCAUUAUCACGGAUAAUUUAACUUAGAUACAUCCAAACGGGAGUUGUGCUUCCUGAACUUGCCCAGACAAUGGAACUAGCACUAUGCAGCAGUAACAACUCACCCCUGGGAGUUAACUACACAGCGAAGAUCACCUGCAGAACCACAACAGUCGGCUCCGCCGCGGUACCUUCAACUACGUGUGGCUUGACAGCAACACCUUUUGGGUUUUUGGGAUGCAUAUAAGAGAAAGCGUGAAGAAAAAAACACUUACGUAUGUAUGUAUUUUGUGCAACAACUGUGGAAUUACGCUGUUUUAGGGAUAUACUCGUAAUUAAAAUUUCCUGAGACAUGGACUUUGAGACUCAGCCCACAUGUUAAAAUAUCUGUUGAAGGAGCGUGUUAAUAUUCCCAGUGACUGAAAACAUGAAAUCUGUACGGAACGCAUAGCAUAGACACUGGAAUUAUACAUCGAGCUGGCUAACGAUAUCCUCUAGACUACAUUAUCCUCGGCGUAAUUCUGCAGCUGCUUUCGUCGCUAUCCGUGGCACUAAAAAGUACUCAAAAUUUUGGUGUUGUGAAGCAGUAAAGACAGACGAAGGAAAACGAUUUCAUGGCCGGUGCGGUUAUGAGAUUCUUGUGGUUUACUUGGGACUCUUAACUGAAAAAGCUACCGAAAAUUGCACAAUUGGAGCUCUAAAAACAUUAAAGGAUUGGGAAUUCUAUUAUUGGAGCUAAUUGCUGUAGAUGACCCAAAUGAAACCGUCAAAAAUGUACCGAAUAAAUGCCAUGGGGAUCUAUUUGUGGGAAACAAUAGUAUUUUUCAGCUUGGCAGCAUCGAAAGAAGCAGCAGCGAGGAAAGCGGCCUCCCCAAUGCCCCCCUCGGAGUUCCUCGACAAACUCAUGGGGAAGGUUUCGGGUUAUGAUGCCAGAAUCAGACCGAAUUUUAAAGUUUUGCACAUGGGAAAAUAUGACCCACAAGGCACCAAAUCAGAAGCUACACACAAGAAAGGUCCACCUGUAAACGUAACUUGCAACAUUUUUAUUAACAGUUUUGGAUCUAUUGCUGAAACAACAAUGGAUUACAGAGUGAACAUCUUCCUGAGGCAACAGUGGAAUGAUCCGCGCCUGGCCUAUAGUGAGUACCCUGAUGACAGCCUGGAUCUGGACCCCUCCAUGUUGGACUCCAUCUGGAAACCUGAUCUGUUCUUUGCCAACGAGAAAGGAGCCAACUUCCACGAGGUCACCACCGACAACAAGUUGCUUCGGAUUUCUAAAAAUGGCAAUGUUCUGUAUAGUAUAAGGAUAACACUGAUCCUUGCCUGUCCUAUGGACCUGAAGAAUUUCCCAAUGGAUGUACAGACCUGUAUUAUGCAGCUGGAGAGCUUCGGAUAUACAAUGAAUGACCUGAUAUUUGAGUGGGAUGAGAAGGGAGCCGUGCAGGUGGCUGACGGGCUUACGCUGCCUCAGUUCUUACUGAAAGAGGAGAAAGACCUGCGGUACUGCACAAAGCACUACAACACAGGCAAGUUCACCUGCAUCGAGGUCCGUUUUCAUCUGGAGCGGCAGAUGGGAUACUACUUGAUCCAGAUGUACAUUCCUAGUCUGCUCAUCGUCAUCCUAUCCUGGGUCUCCUUCUGGAUCAACAUGGAUGCUGCACCUGCAAGGGUGGGCCUGGGCAUCACCACUGUGCUCACCAUGACAACCCAGAGUUCAGGUUCCAGAGCUUCUCUGCCUAAGGUCUCUUAUGUGAAAGCCAUUGACAUCUGGAUGGCUGUGUGCCUGCUGUUUGUGUUCUCCGCCCUGUUGGAAUACGCUGCUGUCAACUUCAUUGCUCGCCAACACAAGGAGCUGCUGCGAUUCAGGAGGAGGAGACGGCACAUGAAGGAGGAUGAGGCUGGAGAGGGUCGAUUCAGCUUUACGGCCUAUGGCAUGGGUCCCGCCUGCCUGCAGUCCAAGGAUGGCAUGGCCAUCAAGGGCAACAACAACAAUGCACCCACCUCCACCAACCCCCCAGAGAAAACUGUUGAUGAGAUGCGAAAGCUCUUCAUCGGCCGAGCCAAGAGGAUCGACACAGUCUCCCGUGUGGCCUUCCCUCUAGUUUUCCUCCUUUUUAACAUUUUCUACUGGAUCGUAUACAAGAUCAUACGCAGUGAAGAUGUCCACAAGCAGUAAGAAUGAAGAGAGAAGAGAUGGAGAAAAAAACCAAGUUCAAUAAUGCCAAUCUCUCUCCCCAACUACACUCCUUCCUGAUCAAUCCUCACUGGCUUUUGGGGGCGAUUCCCUGGCAGAGGUAUUUAUCAAUAUCUUAUUUUCCUCUUUUUCAGUUCCAAGCCUUUUCCAGAAUAAUCCAGACCAGUGCAAUAGCAAUGCAGUAAAAUGCAUGGUAUAUGAAUGUGGCAAUAUAUCUACAAAAAUAGAAAAAUGAAAACGUAAAUACUCAAGACCUUUACAGAUACAUUCAAGAACUUUAUGAUUGAAUAACAGAAAUUUUAAAAAGAAGAGAAGAGGGUCUUGUAAAGAUGUGUUUUUGCAACUGCAUUAUAUGAAGAAGCUGGGGCAGCGUGCUGUAAUAUAUUCUAUAUCAUAAAUGAAAAAAAGUAAAGAGAUUUUAAAGGACCUAAGGCUGUUUGGUGCUUCCAUAGAUUAAGUGAUGCAAGGACCUUCCGUCCUAUAUAUCUAAAUUUGCUUCAACGUGUAUUGCAAGCACUUGUCAAUGCUUUCCUUGAACCGUCAACAAAUAUAAACUGAGAUUUCAUGUGAUUGAUGCCGCUAUCGAUUACAUGAUUAAAACUCAAUGAGAGGAGAUCAAAAAUAUAUUGUUUUAUACAAGCUGUCGUCCAUGUGUUACGCUAUAUGUGCUUACUUACUUUAUUAAAUUAUUGCAUACUU